UUUCCCAAAUGUGAAAUCCGAAAAGACUGUGGAAUUGUAACCCAUAUGGUCAAGGGCUCCCUUGACAGCAUAUCCAAUGAAGAUGUCUUUGUGUGAGAGAGGUGUGCCAUCAACCUUUAUGUUGACAAAGACUCCAUAGAGAUCGCUGAUGUUGAAACCAUACUAGAUUGGCUGAACUUGUCAGAGAAUAACCUAGCAAAAAUUGAUCAUUUCAGAGAGUCCUAUAGCCUUGAUGGAUUGUGGAAGAAAAUGCUGCCUGAUUUAGAAGCAUAUACUAUAAAAUAACAUUGAACUCAAGGAUGAUCUUGAAACAGCAGAGAAUGAGAAUGAUUGGGAAAAAAUUCCUAAAAUUCAAAUUCAAUCAAAAAUGUUACUUAGCUCGAUUUUUAAAUCAAAGCUUUAUAAAGAAUACAUCAAGCAAAUAAAUUAUAUGAAGUUUUGAGAUCUGGAAGCUAAGAAGAAACUCAUAAAAAGCUCUUAUAAACCACUUGAGAAAUCAAAAGAUAUUAACGAAAAAUCUGAACAUGACAAAAUUUUUGAACAAUUACAAGAAGCAAAGAACCUCAUCCAACAAAAAGACGAUCUCAUUUCCCAAAAAGAUGCUGAAAUCAAAAAGAAAGACCAGCUUAUUGUCGAAAAAGCAAAGAUAGUCACCGAGAAAGGCAACCAAAUUAAAAAUAGCCAGAAAAUAAUUGAUCAAAAGAAGCAAACUAUUGAACAGAAAGAUCAACAGAUUUUUCAGCAGGAUUGCCAAAUGGAUAAGCUUGCUAAUGACAGACUUAUGUCUAAGACUCCAAGUCAAAUAUUGAACAGCCAAAAGAGUCAUCUUGAGCAGGAGCACAGCAAGAAAGACCAGAAUAUAAAAGAGCUUCAGAAAAAACUCGACGAUUUAGAGAAGAAAGAUAAGAUACAACAAAAUAUUAUCGAGCAGUUACAGAAAAUGACAACUCAACAGAAAGAGGACAAAGAUAGGGACUCAACUCAUGAGCAUCAAAAAGAUUCUUUCGAAAGCAAAAACACUUCAAAAUUGUUGAAAGAUCAGGAAAAAAAUAAAGUUGGCAAUAUGGAAAAAGUUCUAGAACAACAGUUAGCAAUAUGAAAAGAUACGCAGGCUUUGAUUGACACUCUUUCGACAUCAAACAAAAAGAACCAGAAGUUUCCCCUUAAAGAAUUUAUGACAUUGAAAGACACUGAAUUGUGAGACUCUAAAGGAGAAACUCCAACAAAUGUUGAUCCUUCCAUUAUAAAAAGAACUGUCAAAGAAGUUCUCUAUCCUACUUCUAAACCAAACAGGUGGAAAGAAAGUUGGGAAAGAGAGCUCGAAAUAUAUCCAAAUUAUGAAAAUCUUUCCGGGAAAACUCAAUUAGAGCCCAGACCCGAGCCAACAUCUCAGUCUACAACUUCUGUGAAAAAUACUACCAAAACUUCAAAAAGCAUCGAAGAGCCACAAACGUUAUCUUUAGAUGUAAUUAUUUCUAUUAGAAACAAAGUCACAACUAUCCUUAGUGGAGCUACUACAAAAAUUGAAGACUCUCAUAAACACGAUCUGGACACUCUUCUCAUAUCACUAUCAGGAACUCUUCAAAGAAGAGUGUUCGUAGUUACAAUUUUAACAAAGGCAAUUGAAGAGAAAGAUAGAGUGCUAAUGUAUGGAUCACUGUUAUGAGAAAUUAGUAAAAGAGAAUCUGAAAGAUUCACGGAAUUGAAGAAACAACAAAGCCAAGAGUUUAAUGAGAAAGCACAGCAAGAACAUUUUGAAGAAGAACUCACUCAAGCUUUGAGAUUUAUUCUCAAAGAUAUCUUAACAAAAUUGUCGAAAGAUAUUGAAUGAAAGAGCAAUACCAGCGAGAAUGUUCAGAGCAACAUAAAUAAUUUAUCAAGCUAUAGUUCAUUGUUUUCCUAUCUUAGACUAGAAGGCGAGCUAUUUAAACACAACUUGCUUAAUGCUUUUUUUGAAAUCGAAACACUUCAUGUUCUGUUAGGACGUGGAACUGAGAAUUUUAAACUUAAAGAGUCUGAAGCCACAAUAAUAGCAACCUGUUUAUUCUUGCAAGAUAUCGGACUCAAACUUGAUGAGAAAAUAUCAGCCAACCUAAAAGAUGGCGUCGAAGAAAGUAUAAGAUUUAGAUUUGCAGGAAUUCUGGAAGUCUACCAUCGCUCGUUGGAUAUUCUGGACAGUUAUAAAAAUAGAAAAGAUUUAACUCCGAGACUAAAGCAAUUGACCAUAGUGACUCUAAUAUUGAAGAUGUCUUGCUGGAAAGCUGGAGGUUUUGCAUAUUGCUUCCCUGAAGAUUCUAUUGAAAAACCAUCUGUUUGGGAAGAAACUAAACAGUUGCCCACUGAAUUCGGGUAUAUUUCACCAAGAGCUUUUCAGAUGGUACUAAUGUCUUUGUUCUUCAACUGGGUGAAAUACUAUCACUGCAGCAUUGACUUCAUGCUCUCAUUUACAAUGUGAAGUUACGGAGAACAGAUUCUAUUGUUUUACUUGAAAUCAGUGUUUUUCUUGGGUCAAGAAAACUAUGAUUGCUUUCCCUCAUACUUCCUCAUUCUUUUCCAAAGUAAAAUUUUCUCUGUCCAGGACGUAGAAAAUGGCCUAGCUAGUUAUUUUAAAUUAAUUCCUCAGUUAGGGGCAGAACUUCCUAAUUUUGGUAACGCGCUUACUGAUUUGAUUUUUUUUAUUUUCAUCUUCCACGAUAUCGGAAAUUUUGAAAGAGUCCUUAAAAAGACUGAAUUCAAGAUGAUUUCAGAAUUAGAAGACGACAGCCAAUGAAUCGACAUCAUCUUCGAGAUAUUCUCAAAACUCCUCUACAAAAUACAAAUGACUCUAGGGGACGAUAAAAUGAUGUAUUUCUACUCCCAAUUCAAUAUCCAACAACCCUGCAAACUACUCAAGCCUUUGAUUAAGCACCCACGUCUCUUCGAUGAAUUGGUUUGACAAGGUGUCCCACCCCAAAUAAUAUCCCUAAUAAAUAUCUCUUAACAACAA